ACAUAAGUUUGCAAUAGAAAUUUGGAGUCAAAACAUACCAUGGUCGAAAGAGAGCUGACGAGGAAAACAAUUUAAUAAAAACGUGUUACACCAUAGAGCACUAAAAUUAUCAUUUAAAAUUAUUCUUAGCUCUUGUUUGAAAAUUAUACAGUAUUUGUUACGCAAGAAGUUCCACUGCUUAGCUUUAAAAAAUUUGACACGGUUAAGGUUGAGUUACCAAAACAAAAGUACCUAGAUAUCGAUCAAAAUUUUAAUACAGGUUCAAUCAUUCAACCAUUGCAACACUAUUUAGAACCAUUAUUUAGAAGAACAGUUUUUUUCAUUCACAUACACAAAAUCUUUAAAAAUCCCAAAAAAAAAUAUUGUUUGCAUUAUUGUAUUGUUUUUCAAUUCGCUGUUUUUUUUUAUUUUCAAUUGCUUAGAAAGAUAAAUAAAAUGAUUAACUUUCAUCAAUAUAAACUCCUGUUUCUGGCGAUAACUUCUUCGGUUUUUAUACUGUUUAUCGUGCCCCCCUCUCACCAACAACAGAUACAGCAAGAAGAGUGUGUAGCCUCGUUUAAGGGGGGCAAAAAACUGGAAAUUUCAGAGGGGGACAAAGGAAGCAUUCUUUCAGCUCUCACUGUGGAGAGUUUGGAAAUGUGUGCAGAGUUUUGCUGUGAAUUUGACGCAGAACAAAUCUCAAAAUCGCCCUGUGGUGCUGCCCUCUAUUCCGAGAGAGCUUCAAGGAAUGAAGAAUCCGAAUUGGCCGAAGAAGGAGACAAAAUUCUAGACAGCACUCAAGCGGACAAAGACGAGCACAACUGCUUUCUGCUAAGUUGCGAACUCGGCUUACAGUGCGGAACGCUGAUUGAAGCCACCAAUCAGAUAACGACAAUUCUUGUAACAGUAAAAAACACAACUGAUGACAGUUUAGCUGAUACAGACAGUGACCUACAGGGAAAUGAGCCGACCAAAGAAAUUGAGGACGAAAUUGUUCGAAGACCAGAAAAGACUAGCGAACUCGAAGAGCCGACUACUUCCGACGCCGCGCUCAUCGUAGUUCUCGUGUGCGUCGCGUGUUUCGGCUUCGUGGGCGUAGCUGCUACGGGUCACUACUUCUACCAGCAAUAUCAAAAAAGGAAAUUAUACUACAAGUUGGAUAGAGUCGACACAAACGGAGAUUUCUUCACAAGUGAAGAUCCUUACAAUUAUCGAUAGAAAAAAUAUACCAAAAACGCAAAUAGGGUUUUUUUUUACUUAUUCCGCCGAAAAAAAACGAACAGUGCAUCACAUGCUGCAUUUUCAGCAACGCAUUUAUAUUCAGCCAAUCAGAUUCGAGCUUUACCAUUUUUGGUUUCCGUGUUUUGAUGACAGUUUGGGCGGAAUAAGAAGAAAAACCCAAAAAUGGAGUGAUUGAAAGACCUUUAGUUUUGACCUUCAUUAACAAAAAUUAUGUUUGUCAAUAUUUCAAAUGAGAAAAGAUGGCAUUUAUUAAAAAUCAACUUUGAGUAUGGACUUAAUUUAUUGAGAAUUUGCUUAAUUUAAUUGUAAAAUGACGCAUAUUUAGAAACAAUUAAUUUUUUUCGGAUUUUAUUAACUAUU